UACUGUACGCAACCAAUGAACGGGAGCGAGUUUUAUAUUUCACAGCACUGUUUUAAAGUGAGCCAUGGAUAUGUAAUACAUGUUUAUUGAAAUGUGAUUUUCCUUUUGACAGGCAUGAAUCCCACUUAUCUGUUUGGUAUCUGCAGAUCUGCUCCUCGCAUAUUACAACGAAGUAUAUUCAGAACUUUCUCCUCCUGCCAAUAUAAGAUGGCAUCCAUGAAACAUAAGAACACGAAAAGAAUAGAAGGUCUGGACAAGAAUGUAUGGGUGGCCUUCACAUCAGUUGCAGCAGAUCCUUCCAUUGUUAAUCUUGGUCAGGGCUACCCAGAUAUUCCUCCCCCCUCCUACGUGAAAGAGGGUCUCGCUCAGGCUGCCAUGGUAGACAGGCUGAACCAGUACACUCGUGGCUUUGGCCACCCAACACUAGUUAAAGCCUUGUCAAAGGUAUAUGGAAAGGUGUAUGACCGUCAGCUCGACCCGUUUAAAGAGAUCCUGGUAACAGUGGGUGGAUAUGGGUCUUUAUUCAGCACUAUGCAGGCUCUGGUUGAGGAGGGAGAUGAGGUUAUUAUUAUAGAACCCUUUUUUGAUUGCUAUGUCCCCAUGGUAAAAAUGGCAGGUGCUAAACCAGUUUUCAUACCUUUGCGAUUGAAACCAACUGCAACAUCCAUUAUAAGCAGCAGAGACUGGGUUCUGGACCAGGAAGAACUUACCAGUAAAUUCAACUCCAAGACCAAGGCCAUCAUCAUCAACACUCCAAAUAACCCUAUUGGAAAAGUUUUCACUAAGAGUGAGUUGCAAGCUAUUGCUGAUCUCUGUAUCAAACAUGACACCCUGUGCUUCAGUGAUGAGGUGUAUGAAUGGCUCGUAUAUAAAGGCCAUGAGCAUGUAAAGAUAGCAACCCUUCCUGGAAUGUGGGACAGAACCAUCACUAUUGGCAGUGCGGGGAAAACAUUCAGCGUGACUGGAUGGAAGCUGGGUUGGUCUAUCGGGCCUGAACACUUGAUCAAACAUCUACAGACCGUUAUGCAAAACACUCUCUAUACGUGUCCAACCCCAUUACAGGAGGCCGUUGGUCAGAGUCUUCUUCGGGACUGCGAGCUAAUGGGUCAGCCCGACUGCUACUUUUCUUCUCUAGCAUCAGAACUGGAAGAGAAAAGAGACCGCAUGGCAGCUAUGUUAAGACAGGCAGGCAUGACUCCAGUGGUUCCUGAAGGAGGUUACUUCAUGAUAGUGGAUGUCGCAGCACUCAAUCAGGACCUGUCACAUAUGGAAGAAGAUGAAGCAUAUGACUACAAGUUUGUCAAAUGGAUGAUUAAAGAAAAGAAACUUGCAGCAAUUCCUGUAACAGCCUUUGUGGAAGCUUCAAUAAAGCAGUUUGAGAAAUACAUUCGCUUGUGCUUUAUCAAGCAAGACAGCACCUUGGAUGCAGCAGAAGCCAUUUUAAAGAACUGGAAUAGAGACUAAAUGCCUGAUCAUGUAGUUAGAAGUGUGCACAUGCAGGUUCUUUCUGCCUUAGUACUGUAUACAACAUCAGAUUUUCACUUUAGAUUUUUUUGCUUGAAUUUUAUGUUCAUACAUCCUCUUGCAGUGAUCUUUGCAGAAGUCCAUUGUGUUCAUUUUGUCAACUGGUAAUACCUUAUUUUUUAUGUUGCUUAAAAUAAAAUCCUUUUCAAGUAGUAA